AUGAAACUGACUUUUAAAAACUAUAAUGAAGCGGAACUCACAGGCAUCAAGUGGCGUAGAUAUAACUUUGAAGGCCAUGGAGACUGUGGCCCUAUUAUCUCAGCCCCUGCUCAAGAUGAUCCAAUUCUUCUGAGCUUCAUCCGCUGUCUGCAGGCCAAUCUGCUUUGUGUCUGGCGUCGUGAUGUCAAGCCGGAUUGUAAGGAGUUAUGGAUUUUCUGGUGGGGAGAUGAACCUAAUUUAGUAGAUGUGAUACAUCGUGAGCUGCACAUGGUGGAAGAAGGACUUUGGGAGAAUGGGCUUUCCUAUGAGUGCAGAACUCUCCUUUUCAAAGCAAUCCACAAUUUGCUAGAAAGAUGCCUGAUGGAUAAGAACUUUGUGAGGAUUGGAAAAUGGUUCAUUCGGCCAUAUGAGAAAGAUGAAAAGCCCAUUAAUAAAAGUGAACAUUUAUCCUGCGCCUUCACAUUCUUCCUUCAUGGGGAAAGCAAUGUGUGUACAAGUGUGGAGAUUGCCCAGCACCAGCCAAUCUAUCGUGUCAGUGAGGAAUAUCUCCACAUGGCUCAGUCCUCCCCUACACCAUUCCAAGUGCUGAUAAGCCCUUAUGGUUUAAGCGGUACUUUGACGGGCCAAGCGUACAAGAUGUCUGAUCCAGCAACUCGUAAGCUAAUUGAGGAGUGGCACUAUUUUUACCCAAUGGUGCUGAAGAAGAAAGAAAGCUUGAAAGAGGAAGAAGAACUUGGAUACGAUGACGAUUUUCCUGUGGCAGUCGAAGUCAUAGUUGGUGGUGUACGAAUGGUGUAUCCUUCCACUUUUGUUCUUGUCUCUCAUAAUGACAUUCCUGUGUCUCAGAGCACUUCUACACCAGGAGGCCAUAGCAGUGUGGCACAACAGGGAGUGGGGAACACGAAAGAUCCCAGCAGUUGUGGAAUGUUACUCACACCACCCACUUCACCGGAGCAGACUGUAAUAGGGGAAAGUGGAGGCAUUCCAAGCAUAGUCAGUCAUCCUGGAGCACCAGAUGGGGUGGUCUCUGUGCAGAGUCCAAAGAAAUCAGGGAAGAUUCCUCCAAAAUUCCAGAAUCGCAUGGUCCACAGAGUUUGGAAGGAAUGCAUCCUCAACCGGCCACCAUCCAAGAGGAAUCAGAUUACUGCUACAGUUUUGGAGGAAGAAGCCCCCAACAACAGUGUGUCUUGGGAUUUUGUUGAUCCGGUCCAAAGAGUCUGCUGUUCUUGUUCCAGGCACAAACUUCUCAAGCAACGUUGUGCUGUGGGUUCCAGUCGCCCACCAACGAUAUCACAGCCAGGAUUUGGUGCAGGAUCCUUGUCCUCUGCCUCCUUGCCACCUCCUGCCUCUAAGCACAAAACCACUGAGAGGCAGGAGAAAUCAGAAAAACUUCAAAAGAGAUCACUGCUGCCGUUUCACCAUCGUCCCUCUGUCACCGAAGAGCUGUGUAUGGAUCAGGACCCAUCAGGACAGAAGUUGGCCUUGGCAGGGAUGGACCCUUCCUUGGAAGCCUCUAACAGCAGGAAAUAUGAGAAACCACUCUGUCUGCCUCCAAGGCACCCAAGCAAACCAACAAAUUUGAAUCCUAUGGAUUCCCCCCAUUCUCCCACGUCUCCUCUGCCUCCCACACUUAGCCCCCAGCCAAGAGGACAAGAAACGGAUAGUUUAGAUCUUCCAUCAGUUCCUGUGAAUCCAGCCCUCUACAGCAGUGGAUUAGAACUUCAGCCAAUGGCCAGUGCAGAGGACAGGACAGUUCUUGUAGGCCAGAGGCUGCCUCUGAUGGCAGAAGUUAGUGAGACAGCUUUAUACUGUGGCGUCUUACCCAACCAAGAGUCAUCAACUAAGUGGCAGGGGUAUGUUCUUCCCCCAAAUGAUGAUUCAGAGUUCAGGCCACCAGAGCUCCAGUGUGAAAGAUAUGACAGCAAGAUGGAUACAGUCUCUGACAGCACUGCACUGAAAAGGCUCUUAGCACAACCUAAUAAACGGUUUAAAAUCUUGGAAGAAACUCCCCCAGUGUCAGCAAUGAAUUACCUUGACUCCUUACCUCUGAUACAGCAGCCUGGCGAAUGCUUGGGAGAUGUCAGUGAUCCAUACACAUUUCAGGAUGGUGACAUCAAAUACAGCUUCACUGGCACUAAAAAAUGCAAACUUGGGACUGAGAGAGACUCUCUGAAGAAGAACAAGUCGGAAGAUGGAACUGUAACUAAGGAGAUUUCUGCAUCCGGUCAUUCCACUACCAUGCCAGAUGGGAAAGAUGCAAUGUCCAUUUUCAGUUCUGCUCCUAAAACAGACACCCGGCAAGAUAAUGCAGCAGGCCGAGCUGGUUCUGGUAGCCUCACACAAGUAACAGACUUGGCCCCAUCACUACAUGAUUUAGACAACCUCUUUGAUAAUUCAGAUGAAGAUGAGCCUGGGGCUGUAUCACCUGCACUGCGAUCAUCAAAAAUCCCUGCUGUGGGAACUGAAGAAAGCCCUCUGGGUAAGGAUGGCAGAACAGCAGUUCCUUAUCCACCAACUGUGGCAGAUCUGCAGAGGAUGUUUCCGACACCACCAUCCUUGGAGCAACAUCCUGCUUUCUCCCCUGUGAUGAGCUACAAAGAUGGUAUCAGUUCAGAAACAGCUACUACCUUGGGGAUGAUGGAAAGUCCUGUGGUCAACAUGGUUACAAAUCAGCUCACAGAGUUUAAGAUGGAGGUAGAAGAUGGGUUAGGCAGCCCUAAGCCUGAAGAAAUUAAGGAUUUCUCCUAUGUGCACAAAGUUCCGAUCUUUCAGCCUUUUAUGGGCUCCUCCAUGUUUGCUCCAUUGAAAAUGCUCCCAAGCCAGUGCCUGAUACCUCUGAAGACUUCAGAGGCCUGUGUCUAUCGGCCUUCCUGGGCAAUUCCUCCAAAAAUCGAACAACUUCCUUUACCGCCUACAGCUGCUUUCAUCAGAGAUGGUUACAAUAAUGUGCCCAGUGUCGGGAGCCUAGCAGAUCAAGACUAUCUUCAAAUGAACACUCCCCAGAUGAGCACUCCUGUGACGCUAAAUAGCACUGCCCCAGCUAGCAACAGUGGAGCAGGAGUAUUGCCUUCUCCUGCCACGCCUCGCUUCUCCGUCCCUACGCCACGUACACCCAGGACCCCAAGGACUCCUAGAGGUGGGGGCACUGCUAGUGGGCAAGGAUCUGUAAAAUAUGACAGCACAGACCAAGGGUCACCAGCCUCUACACCCUCCACGACCCGGCCUCUCAAUUCUGUGGAGCCAGCCACUGUCCAACCAAUUUUGGAAGCUCACAGUUUGUACGUCACACUCAUUCUUUCAGAUUCUGUGCUGAAUAUCUUUAAAGACAGCAACUUUGACAGCUGCUGCAUUUGUGCUUGCAACAUGAAUAUUAAAGGUGCAGAUGUGGGGCUGUAUAUCCCAGAUUCGUCUAACGAGGACCAGUAUCGGUGCACUUGUGGAUUUAGUGCAAUUAUGAACCGCAAACUAGGGUACAACUCUGGGUUGUUUAUUGAGGAUGAAUUGGAUAUUUUUGGCAGGACUUCAGACAUCGGCCAAGUUGCAGAGAGGAGGCUGAUGAUGUGUCAGACCACCUUGAUUCCUCAGCCAGGAGAGGGAUCCAAAAGGGCUCAUGAUCUCCCAAUGAGCCUCCUCCUCCUCCUCCUCCAGAAUCAGCAUACCCAGCCUUUCACCUCGCUUAGCUACUUGGACUACAUGUCUGCCAGCAGCCGGCAGGCGCUCUCUUACACAAAUUGGAGUUACGACAGAGUUCAGGCAGAAAGCAAUGACUCCUGGAUGGAGUGCUUCAAUGCCCUAGAGCAAGGCAGGCAGUAUGUGGAUAAUCCUACAGGCGGUAAAGUGGAUGAAGCCCUCGUCAGAAGUGCUACUGUUCACUCUUGGCCUCACAGUAAUGUCCUAGACAUCAGCAUGUUAUCCUCACAGGAUGUAGUACGCAUGCUCCUGUCUCUCCAGCCUUUUCUACAGGAUGCCAUCCAGAAGAAACGGACUGGCAGGACCUGGGAGAACAUCCAGCACGUUCAAGGCCCCCUCACCUGGCAGCAGUUCCAUAAAAUGGCAGGACGGGGAACCUAUGGUUCAGAGGAAUCUCCUGAGCCUCUUCCAAUUCCCACGUUGCUGGUUGGGUACGACAAGGAUUUCCUGACAAUCUCUCCAUUCUCCUUGCCGUUCUGGGAGAGGCUACUGUUGGACCCAUAUGGGGGCCAUCGGGACGUUGCUUACAUUGUGGUGUGUCCAGAAAACGAGGCCUUGCUUGACGGAGCCAAAACUUUCUUCAGGGACUUGAGUGCCGUAUACGAGAUGUGUCGGCUUGGCCAGCAUAAACCAAUUUGCAAAGUGCUGCAUGAUGGGAUCAUGCGAGUGGGAAAGACUGUGGCCCAGAAGCUAACAGAUGAGCUUGUGAGCGACUGGUUUAACCCACCCUGGGGCAAUGAAGACUGUGACAAUCAUUCCAGGCUCAAACUUUAUGCUCAAGUUUGUCGUCACCACCUAGCACCUUACUUAGCCACUUUGCAACUUGAUAGCAGCCUGCUGACACCACCGAAACACCAGACUGCACCGCCACCCUCAAGCCAGGAACAGAUUAUAUCUGGGAACUCAGCAUCAAUCCCCCCAAAUUCAUCCUGUCUUUCUGCACCUGGAGCUCCCCCCACUGUCAGUACCUUCACUUCCACACCCAACGGUGGUGGGACCACAAACCUCCCAGCAGGCAGCAGUUCAACUUCUGGAUCCACAGUGCCACAGCUGUCAGCAUCCUCCGCCGUACCCAGUAUUAACCAGACAAGCACUACCUCCUCUUCAGGGUUCAGUGGCAGCCUGCCUCCAGGUCAAAACUCAGUCCCUGGGCCAAAUUCCACAGAGAGACCCCAAGGAAGCACAGUCUCAGGAGGAGACACAGAGACGGGACAUAACCCAUCUCAACAGCAACAAGAAGGGCAGGAAAGCUCUACAGAGAGGGAGAGGAUAGGCAUUCCCACUGAGCCAGAGUCAGCAGAUAGCCAUGCCUACCCCCCUGCCGUUGUCAUCUAUAUGGUGGAUCCCUUUACCUACACCGCAGAUGAGGAAUCUGCCUCUGCCAAUUUCUGGCUCUUGAGCCUGAUGAGAUGUUACACCGAGAUGCUGGACAACUUGCCUGAGAAGAUGAGGAAUUCUUUCAUUCUCCAGAUUGUGCCUUGCCAAUACAUGCUGCAGACCAUGAAGGAUGAGCAGGUCUUUUAUAUUCAGCACUUGAAGUCUCUGGCAUUUUCAGUGUACUGCCAGUGCAGGCGGCCGCUACCCACACAGAUUCACAUUAAGUCUCUGACUGGCUUUGGGCCAGCUGCCAGUAUUGAGAUGACCCUCAAGAACCCCGAGCGGCCUAGUCCUAUCCAGCUGUACUCCCCUCCAUUUAUCCUGGCACCCAUCAAAGACAAACAGACAGAGCUUGGGGAGACCUUUGGAGAAGCCAGUCAAAAGUACAAUGUGCUUUUUGUUGGAUAUUGUUUGUCCCAUGACCAGCGCUGGCUUCUGGCCUCCUGCACUGACCUGCAUGGGGAGCUGUUGGAAACGUGCAUUGUCAACAUUGAUUUGCCAAACAGAUCAAGAAGAUGCAAGGUAUCUGCCCGUAAAAUUGGUUUGCAGAAGCUGUGGGAAUGGUGCAUUGGAAUCGUUCAGAUGACAUCACUACCCUGGAGAGUUGUGAUUGGACGUCUUGGGCGACUUGGCCAUGGGGAGUUGAAAGACUGGAGUAUCUUGCUUGGGGAGUGUUCAUUGCAGACAAUCAGCAAGCAGCUGAAGGAGGUGUGUCGAAUGUGUGGAAUCUCAUCUGCAGACUCUCCCUCCAUUCUCAGUGCCUGUUUGGUUGCCAUGGAGCCCCAAGGGUCAUUUGUGGUGAUGCCAGAUGCCGUCACCAUGGGGUCCGUGUUUGGCCGUAGCACUGCCCUGAAUUUGCAGUCGUCUCAGCUGAACACACCUCAGGAUGCCUCUUGUACACACAUCUUGGUAUUUCCAACAUCCGCAACCAUCCAGGUCGCUCCAGCAAACUAUCCGAACGAGGAUGGAUUUAGUCCUAAUAAUGAUGACAUGUUUGACCUUCCUUUCCCGGAUGAUAUGGACAAUGACAUUGGAAUUUUAAUUACUGGGAACCUCCAUUCAUCUCCAAACUCCUCCCCUGUCCCUUCCCCUGGCUCUCCUUCUGGGAUUGGAGUAGGACCAUCUUUCCAACAUAGUCGGAGCCAAGGAGAACGUCUCCUUUCCCGGGAAGCCCCCGAAGAGCUGAAGCAGCAGCCUCUUGCACUGGGGUACUUUGUCUCUACUGCCAAAGCUGAGAACCUUCCUCAGUGGUUCUGGUCAUCCUGUCCGCAGGCCCAGAACCAGUGCCCCCUCUUUCUGAAGGCAUCACUGCAUCAUCACAUCUCUGUAGCACAGAUGGAUGAGCUGCUCCCUGCCCGGAACUCACAGAGGGUUCCCCACCCCUUGGACUCCAAAACCACGUCAGAUGUCCUGAGGUUUGUUCUAGAACAGUACAAUGCACUGUCGUGGCUCACGUGCAACCCUGCAACUCAGGACCGCAGUUCCUGCCUUCCUGUCCAUUUUGUGGUGCUCACACAGCUAUACAAUGCCAUCAUGAAUAUCCUCUCAUAGUGAAGAAGCGCCUGGCGGGUCAUCCCCUUCAACUUGAGAAAUGUGCCAUGGCCUUGUAAGGGUUAGAACGCUCCUUCUCUUCAGACCAGCCUCAAAGGGCCCAGGCCGUGCUUUGUUUUCGCCACAAUAAUGGAAGGGGGUCCCUUCAGUGUUAGGAGUGGAGCAUGUGGGCACUUCCGUCAAGAGUCUUGGACAGUUGGAGGUGUGUUACAGCAUCGUCAAGCCAGUGUUAAUUUCGUGGCUGAACAUUGUGAAACUUGGGGCCACGGAGAAAUGACAUCGUUCCUGUGCAUGGAUCUCUUUGCUUAAGAGAGGAAGCAAACUAGUGUUGUACCAGAUUGGGUGGUGCGAAGCUGAAGAUGUUCUUUGAAAACAAAUACGAUGGGACUUGGGCUACAAAGGAGAAACCGGCUGUGGUAGUUUAAGAAUAUGGGAUUUUCUGUCUACCUGGAAUUCCUGUCAGAAGUGGAUUGGGAUGAAUGCCUGCAUUUAAUACCUGUCCAUGUAGAUAUGAAUGGUCUGGAGAUAUUCUAAGUUUUUUUUUUAAUUUAUUUAUAGGGGAUAUUUUAAAUUAUAUAGGACCAGGUACAGUAGGUGAUCCAGCUCCGUUCUGCUCAGAACUAUUUAUCGACAUACCUCUCGCUCUCCUGACCUACAAAAAAAGGGCGAAACCCAUUAAAAAUCCAAAUAUCAGUUAGGAAGAGCAAAUUGGCAAGACCCAUUAGGAGCUGUCAGUUUUUAGGGGACAUUUUGGAUUAAUAAAAUCUUUCUGUAGCGAGAUUUAAAUAACUCAGAUGAACGACAGAUAACAUGAUGCAGGAUAACUGAGAACAGUGGGAAACUAUAACCCAUUUUAGAGUCCGAUGUUAAGGCAACUUGGAAGGCGAGUAUUCAGUUUAAAGGAAUUUGUAAUAAAUUUCGAAAUUAUUCCUAAAGCCCGGUCAUCCAUAAAUUGGGACAGGCUAG